AUGACUGACAACGCAAUUAAAUUAGUUUUGGUAGGUGAUGGUGGUGUCGGUAAGACCACUUUUGUCAAGCGUCAUCUUACUGGUGAAUUCGAGACCAGAUACAUUCCAACCCUCGGUGUCAAUGUAGUUACACUCCCAUUCUUCACCAAUUACGGUAAGAUCGUCUAUAACAUCUGGGAUACUGCUGGUCAAGAGAAAUUCGGUGGUUUGAGAGAUGGUUAUUAUAUUCAAGGUCAAUGUGCCAUUAUUAUGUUUGACGUAACUUCACGUGUCUCAUACAAGAACGUUCCAAACUGGCACGGUGAUUUGGUUAGAGUUUGCGAAGGUAUCCCAAUCGCCCUUUGUGGUAACAAGGUCGACGUUAAGGAUCGUAAAGUCAAGCCAGGACAAAUCACUUUCCAUCGUAAACACAACUUGUCAUACUAUGAUGUCUCUGCCAAAUCCAACUACAAUUUCGAGAAGCCAUUCGUCUGGUUGAUCUCCAAGCUCCUCGGAGGUGGAAAGACCGUCACUUUGGUCGAACCACCCAAUUUGGCACCAGCUGAAGUCCCAUUGGACAAAGAAUUGAUGGAGUCAUACGAAAGAGAGACCGCCAUCGCCGUCAACCUCCCAAUCCCAGAAAAUGAUGAAGACCUUUAA